AUGGGGGAGGAGGAGGAGGAGAAGCGCAGAAAAGGAGGACAUUUCAAGCGGCGGGAGCACGAGAGGCAGGAAAGACAAGGUAGUAUCGGGCACCGGGAAGACAUCACUAUGCCUGGAAAAUUAAAACAUAAGGCCAAUCAGCCUCCGCAGGGGCGGGACGCAGAGUGUGAGGGGCGGCAGCAACACAGUCGAGGCCGCUUCUUCUCGCGAGCCUUGCCGCCGUUGCUCCUUAGCCGCCCACGGCCCGGAGUGAAGAUCUCGCGAGGCUUGGGCGCUGCGGCGGUAGGAGGAGGACGGAGAAGGACGGAGUCUAGCUGUUGCUGCCUCCCUCGCUCACUCCUUCGCGCACUCGCCCGCCCCCUCCCUCCCUCCCCUCCCUUCCCCGGCCCCGGCUCCGGCCCCGGCCCCGGCCCAUUCGCUGUUCGGUCUUCCGCAGGGAGGAUGUCGGGCUCGUCGCUGCCCAGCGCCCUGGCCCUCUCUCUGUUGCUGGUCUCCGGCUCCCUCCUCCCAGGGCCAGGCGCCGCUCAGAACGCUGGGUUUGUCAAGUCGCCCAUGUCAGAAACUAAGCUCACUGGGGACGCCUUUGAGCUGUACUGUGACGUGGUCGGGAGCCCCACGCCAGAGAUCCAGUGGUGGUACGCAGAAGUCAACCGGGCAGAGUCUUUCAGACAGCUGUGGGACGGUGCUCGGAAGCGCCGUGUCACCGUAAACACCGCCUACGGGUCAAACGGCGUGAGUGUGCUGAGAAUAACCCGGCUCACCUUGGAGGACUCUGGGACUUACGAGUGCAGGGCCAGCAACGACCCCAAGAGGAAUGACUUGAGGCAAAAUCCCUCCAUAACAUGGAUUCGAGCCCAGGCCACCAUAAGCGUCCUUCAGAAGCCACGGAUUGUCACCAGUGAAGAGGUCAUUCUUCGAGACAGCCCUGUUCUUCCCGUCACUCUGCAGUGUAACCUCACUUCCAGCUCUCACACCCUUACAUACAGCUACUGGACAAAGAAUGGGGUAGAGCUGACUGCCACUCGCAAGAAUGCCAGCAACAUGGAAUACAGGAUCAAUAAGCCGAGAGCUGAGGAUUCAGGCGAAUACCACUGUGUAUAUCACUUUGUCAGUGCUCCUAAAGCAAAUGCCACCAUUGAAGUGAAAGCUGCUCCUGACAUCACUGGCCACAAACGGAGCGAGAACAAGAAUGAAGGGCAAGAUGCCAUGAUGUAUUGCAAAUCAGUUGGCUACCCGCACCCAGAGUGGAUCUGGCGCAAGAAGGAGAAUGGUAUGCCCAUGGACAUUGUCAAUACCUCUGGCCGCUUCUUCAUCAUCAACAAGGAAAAUUAUACUGAGCUGAACAUCGUGAAUCUCCAGAUCGCGGAAGACCCUGGCGAGUAUGAAUGUAAUGCUACCAACUCCAUUGGCUCUGCCUCCGUUGUCACCAUCCUCAGGGUACGGAGCCACCUGGCCCCACUCUGGCCUUUUUUGGGAAUUCUGGCUGAAAUCAUCAUCUUGGUGGUGAUCAUUGUUGUGUAUGAGAAGAGGAAGAGGCCAGAUGAAGUUCCUGAUGACGAUGAACCAGCUGGGCCAAUGAAAACCAACUCUACCAACAAUCACAAAGAUAAAAACUUGCGCCAGAGAAACACAAAUUAAAUACUGCUUAUAAUUCCUGUCCACGAAGUUUGGCAGGGAGAGGCAUGUAACUAUCACCACAGAGAAGACACGGACAUUACCAUACCUCUCCACCUCCCGCCGAAAAUUUCUUCAUGCUGCCUACACUCUUAUGUCAAACAACCCCUGGCAAGCAACCGCUGAUCUGUUCUCCAUUACUCUGUAGCUUUACCUUUUCCAGAAUGUCAUAAAUGGAAGUUCUAUAAUGUCAAGCAUUUUUUCACAUGCUUAUUUGCCACCUGUAUGACUUCUUUGGUAACUUGCAGUGUUUUAAACCAGCUGAGGGGCGCCUGGGUGGCUCAGUCAGUUAAGUGUCCCAACUCUUGAUUUCAGCUCACGUCAUGAUC